UUGCCCCUCUACCAGUGGUUCAUAUCAAAAAGAAUUUCGAGAAUAAAAAACAUCCCGUUUCUAUUGAAUGGUCUCGUCAUUCAGGAACUUAUACUAAAAUCACUGACCUUUCAUUUUCCUUCCCAACCAUGAUUGCUAUCGGCCUGGAAGGUUCCGCCAACAAGCUUGGCGUGGGCAUCAUGUUGCAUCCUGAUAAUGGCACCCCCCAGGUCCUCGCAAAUAUCCGUCACACUUAUGUCUCUCCUCCUGGCGAGGGGUUUCUCCCCAAAGACACCGCUAGACACCAUCGUUCAUGGGUCGUAAAACUGGUGAAAAAGGCGCUCAAAGAAGCUCAUGUGUCAGUGCAAGAUGUGGACUGUAUCUGUUUCACUAAGGGUCCUGGUAUGGGUGCCCCCCUCCAAAGUGUCGCGGUUGCUGCUCGCAUGUUGAGCCUGCUAUGGGGAAAGGAAUUAGUGGGUGUGAAUCAUUGUGUCGGACACAUUGAAAUGGGUAGACUCAUUACAGGCUCUACCAACCCCGUUGUUCUUUAUGUCUCCGGUGGAAAUACACAAGUAAUUGCAUAUAGUUCGCAAAGGUACCGGAUCUUCGGCGAGACCCUUGAUAUCGCGGUGGGGAACUGCUUGGACCGGUUCGCACGAACACUUCACAUCUCUAAUGAUCCAGCCCCAGGAUACAAUAUUGAGCAAUUGGCCAAAAAGGGCAAGCAAUUAGUUGAUCUACCAUACACCGUGAAGGGAAUGGAUUGCUCUUUCUCGGGGAUAUUGGCUGCGAUAGAUGGGUUGGCCGUGGCAUAUGAGUUAGGUGGUGAAGGGAAGGAUGAUGAGACCGAUCCCCCUGUGUCUGAUGCCGACAGAAAUGGAAAACCAACCCGCGCGGACUUGUGUUUCUCACUUCAGGAGACUAUCUUCUCCAUGCUGGUGGAAAUCACAGAGCGCGCAAUGGCGCACGUCGGCUCCAGAGAAGUUCUGAUCGUUGGGGGUGUUGGCUGCAAUGAGCGGCUACAGGAGAUGAUGGGGAUUAUGGCGCAUGACCGCGGAGGCAGCGUGCAUGCCACGGAUGAGAGAUUCUGUAUUGACAAUGGAAUCAUGAUUGCGCAGGCUGGUUUGCUUGCGUACAAAACCGGGUUCCGAACACCAUUGAAGGACUCCACAUGUACGCAGCGGUUCCGAACGGAUGAUGUGUUUGUAAAAUGGAGGGAUUGAUAUGCUGAUCUAUGUGUUCGGUUCGGACUUACCACAUAAAAUAGACGUACGAAUUUCCAUGAAGACUCUGAUGUCCAUGUGAUUUACCG